AUGGCUCGUGGAAACCAGCGCGACAAGGCCCGCGAGGCCACCCAGAAGAAGCUGGCCGCCCAGAAGUCCAAGAACACCAAGACCGGCAGCGAGAUGCAGCGCGACAAGGAAAAGGUCGCCGCCAUGAUGCGCGAGAAGCAGGCGGCUGCCGACGCCAAGAAGGCCGAAUUGGCCGCCGGAAAGAAAUAG